AUGGAGACUGUAGACGUUUCUCCUCAAUACAAAGCUACAUCCCUCUCGGCUCUGUCCCCAACCGCAUCCCACAUUGCAUGCCUUUCUGGCGCCCGCCUCCAGAUCCGUUCCCUUGCCACAUUCGAACUUGACCGCGACAUACCCCUCCCGCCAUCGCAUGAUUUACGACGCUCGCAGAUCGCAUGGUCCCCACCAUCCACAAGUCCGACUGGCGCCCCAACACCGCCACAACGUUUGUCCGCAUUGCCACCACGAUCGCACCGCUUCCUUGUAGCUGACGACGACACCACGCGUGUCUACGACCUGCGCGACGAAAAAUGGAAUGCUGUCAUAAACAAUGGGUCAGGCGGCAUGGGCAAGAACAUUAAUGUUGAGUUCGGCAGAGACGAGAACGAAGUGCUUGUCUGGAGCGACUUUGCAAGCCGCGUAAUCGUAUGGUCUUUGAAAACAGGACGAACGGUGGAGAUCCGAGAUCCGAAGUUCAGCGGCAAAGAAAGUAGAGGAUGGGGAUACAGACAUUGCGACGAAGAGCAGGAUGUUUGUGGCAGGGGAAGUGUACUUGCGCUGCUGUGUCGUAGCUCGGGCGUGGACACAUUGAUGUUGCUUGCACCGGGGACGUAUGCUGUAAUUAAGAGGGUGGAGCUGGUGACACAGGAUGCGCAGGGAAUACGGUGGAGUCGAGACGGGAGGUGGCUUGCUGUGUGGGAUGCGGCGAGUGUGGGGUAUGGUUUGUCCAUAUACACGGCGGAUGGACAUCUCUACCGGACGAUAUCGCGCGAGCCUUCGAACGAGCUGAACGAAUGGGGGAUUGAAGGCCUGGGGAUCAAGAUGGUGCAGUGGAUCCCCGGGAACGAGUGGCUGGCCGUCGGUGGAUGGGAUCGUCGCGUACGGAUGCUGUCCACAAAGACAUUCGCUCCGGUCGUAUAUCUGGAUCACACAACACAAAUCAGCAUACCGAGCGCAUCAGUGUACGUUGAGCAAGUCGACGCGCGGGGUUUCAGAAGUUUCGAAUUCGCACAGCAACCCGCUACACCACCGAAGGCGCCGGCGGAGAAGAAUGAUACCGGGCUUAUGAAACAAGGAAUCGGUAUCAUGGCCCUCAACAAAGACGGCACAAUUUGCGCUACGAGAGACGACUCUACGCCAACUACGGUUUGGAUAUGGGAUCUAUGCAGUCUGCAGCCAAGGACGAUUAUCAUUCUGCACUCUCCGAUUAAGGCACUACAAUGGCACCCAAGCUAUCCGUCCCACCUCCUCAUCCAGUCCACACACGAUUCACCUACGUUGUACCUAUACACCGCGAACCCCUCCUCCAGUUCAACAUCACCUACUACCAACUCGGCCACCGGUCCACCUUCCAUCCUCUCGCUCUCAGAUAGCUUUACAAAACCCGCUGGCUCCGCACCCGCCAAAUGGACGGCGGGAUGGCUCAACACGGCAGCAGACAAGAAACCAACGAUGGUGGUAGGGCACCAGCAGGGCUAUAUAUUCGUCUGGCCCGAAGGAAAGGACCAAGUCUUGCGAUUUGAGGGACAAGAGGGAGACGAGAGCGAUGACAGUCUGUAUGACAUCCUAACUGGAAGGACGCCAGUGCCACCGCUGCGAGAUAGUGUCAAGAGGAGAAGUCGUGGUAGUAAGGACUCAGGUGAGGAUGUGGACGAUAUUAGGGUGGAAACCGUUCAGGGACUUGAUAGCAUGGGGAACUUUGAGGAUACAUUUAGGGAGAAGAGAGGGGCUAGGAGUAGAGGGAGUAGAGGGAGGAGUAGGUUGGAUGAGAGUGGGUUGGAUGAGAUGUUUUGA